AUGGGUAUUCCAAAGUUUUUCAGGUAUAUCUCUGAGAGAUGGCCUAUGAUUUCUCAAUUGAUUGAAGGUAAUGAUAUUCCAGAGUUUGACAACUUGUAUUUAGAUAUGAACUCUAUUUUGCAUAACUGUACUCACGGUAAUGACGAUGAUAUUACAAAGAGACUAUCUGAGGAAGAAGUAUUUGCCAAGAUUUUUUCAUAUGUAGACCAUUUAUUCCAAACUAUCAAGCCUCAGAAAGUGUUUUACAUGGCAAUUGAUGGUGUUGCACCCCGUGCUAAAAUGAAUCAACAGAGAGCUCGUAGAUUUAGGACCGCGAUGGAUGCUGAACAUGCUUUACAAAAAGCUAUCAAAAAUGGUGAACCGAUACCUAGUGGAGAACCAUUCGAUUCCAAUUGUAUUACACCAGGUACCGAGUUUAUGGCUAAAUUAACUACAAACUUGAAAUAUUAUGUCCAUGACAAAGUGACUAAUGACUCCAGAUGGAGAAAUGUCGAAAUUAUAUUCUCAGGUCAUGAAGUCCCAGGGGAAGGUGAACAUAAAAUUAUGGAUUUCAUCAGAAAGUUAAGAGCUCAAGAUGGAUUUGAUAAUAAUACAAGACAUUGUAUCUACGGUUUGGAUGCAGAUUUGAUUAUGUUAUCUCUUUCAGCACAUGCUCCACAUUUUGCCCUUCUGAGAGAAGAAGUCACAUUUGGCAGAAGAAGUAAACAACAGACGUCAUUAGAGACCCAAAACUUUUAUUUGUUGCAUAUUUCAUUAUUAAGAGAAUAUUUAGAACUUGAGUUCAAUGAAAUCUCUGAUGAAUUGAAAUUUAAAUAUGAUUUCGAGAGGAUCCUGGACGAUUUUAUCCUUAUCAUGUUCGUCAUCGGUAAUGAUUUCUUACCUAAUUUGCCUGACUUGCAUCUAAACAAAGGUGCGUUCCCUGUAAUAUUACAAACUUUUAAAGAAGCUUUACUCCAUCUAGAUGGUUAUAUUAACGAACAUGGUAAGAUCAACCUACAUAGAUUAAAAGUAUGGUUGGAUUAUUUAUCUCAAUUCGAAUUAAUGAAUUUCGAAAGGAAGGAUAUCGAUGUUGAAUGGUUUAACCAACAAUUAGAGAAUAUCUCAUUGGAAGGUGAAAGAAAGAGAGCUCGUAUGGGUAAAAAAUUGUUACUAAAACAACAAAAGAAAAUCGUAGGGUUUGUUAAACCAUGGGUAUUAAAGAUUGUUAAUGAAACAUACCCAUUAGAUAUUUCUGAUGAGAAGAUUCCGACUAUCGAAUUGGCCGAUGAACAUAUCAUUGAAAACUUACCAUUCUUAAAGGAAUUUGCACAUGAAUUGGGUCUAUUUGUGGUACAUUCAAAAUCAAAGGAUGUGUAUUAUUUGAAAUUAGAUGUCGAUGGUAUAAAUCCUAAUGAAACUGAAGACGAAAAAAAUGACCGUAUUGCUGGUAUAAGAAAGACAAUCAGAAAGUACCAACAAGCCAUACUAGUUGAGGAUUCGGAUGAAUUGGACAGAGAACAAGCUUUGUAUAAUGACAGAUUCGAAGUAUGGAAAGAGAAAUAUUAUCAAGACAAAUUCGGUUAUACUUUUACCAAAAAGAGUAAAAAAUCUUCAAAGAUCCACACAAAACCAGUGGAUGAAGAUUUUGUAGAAAAACAACAAGUUGCUGAAAGUGUUGGAAUUGAAACUGAGAAUGGUAAUGACAAUUCCAGUACAGAAAUCGAAAAGGAACAUGAAAAUAACAGUAAUGUUGACGAUGGUAAUAAAGAUGUUGUAACAUUAACUCAAAACUAUGUCGAAGGGUUGCAAUGGGUUUUAUAUUAUUAUUACCGUGGUUGUCCAUCUUGGGGAUGGUACUUCCAAUACCAUUAUGCACCAAGAAUUUCUGAUUUAUCCAAGGGUAUCGACCAAAUUAUUAAGUUUGAUCAAGGUGAACCAUUUACACCUUUCCAACAAUUGAUGGCAGUUUUACCAGAAAGAUCAAAGACCCUAUUACCUCCAGCACUAAGACCACUUAUGUAUGACCCUAAGUCACCUAUUCUAGACUUUUACCCUGCUGAGGUUGAGCUAGAUAAAAAUGGGAAGACUGCAGAUUGGGAAGCUGUUGUGAAAAUAUCGUUUGUAGAUCAAAAGAGAUUAGUGGAAGCUAUGGCACCAUAUUUGACCAAAUUAACUCCAGAAGAGAAGAAGAGAAAUGGUCGUGGUAAAGAGUUGAUUUUCACAUUCAAUCCACAAAUCGACGAAAUAUAUAAGAGUCCUUUAAGUGGUAUAUUCGGAGACAUCGAACAUAACCAAUGUAUCGAAAGGGAAUAUUUAGGUUACUCCAUGGAUGGUCUUGAAUAUAAAUAUGGUUUACUUCCAAAUGCUAAAUCUGGUGCUGAUUUAUUGGCAGGUUUCCCAACGCUAGCCACUAUUCCUUACAAGAACAAACUAGAAUACAAUGAAAGUAUGGUCUUCCAGCAACCGUCUAAGCAACAAUCUAUGUGUCUAUAUGUGGAAGAUGUUUACCAAGAAAAUAAUUUGACUAUCGAGGAAUUAGCUAAGAGAUAUUUGAACAAAGUUAUUUACACCAGAUGGCCAUACAUGAGAGAAACAAAACUUCUUUCGAUAUCUACUGGUAAGAAGUUCUUGGAAUUCAAUGAAUAUAAAGAUGCUAAAGGUAAGCAUCACUUUAAGAUAAUCGAAAGACAAUGUGACAAUCAUGAACAAAGAGACUUUGAAUCGCAAAAGAGAUCUAUGCUGAGAAAUUACAAGAAGAAAUCUGCUGUCAUUUUAGAUAAUAUUCGUGCUAUCAUCACCGUUAUUCCAGUUACUGGUCUAAUGAGAAAUGAGGAUGGUGCUUAUAUGAAAACAUUUGGCGAAGUCCCAGAAAACUUUCCUCUGCAAUUGAUGGUUGAAAGUGUCUCUAACAAGGACGAAAGAUAUAUCGAAAGGCCACCAAAGCCAAUUAAUAUUGAAUUCCCAAUGGGGUCUCGUGUUAUUUUCCUUGGUGAUUACGCAUAUGGUGGUGAAACUACUAUCGACGAUUAUUCCAGCGAAAAAAGAUUAAAGAUUACUGUCAAAAAGAGAUUCCUUCAAGCUGAACCUAUAAUUGGAAAAGAGAGAGUUAAGAAUGAUAAUGCGUUAGUUCAAUAUCUCCCAUCUUACAUUGUUUCCAAGAAGUUAAAUAUCAACAGACUAUUUUUGUCAAGAAUUACAUCAAAAUUCCUGAUUUCUGACAUUGAUGGAAGACGUGUGGAUAUUGGUAUCCCAGUUAAAUUUGAAUCCCAACACAAAAAAGUGCUUGGCUAUGCUAGAAGAAACACCAAAGGUUGGGAAUACUCCACUAUUACAAUGAAUUUGUUGAGAGAAUACAAAAUCAGAUUCCCAGACUUUUUUGCAAGAAUGGAGAAGGUUGGUAACGAUAUUCCAAGUAUUGAAAAGCUGUACCCUGAAAUGCCAAUGAAGGAAAGUGUAAAGAUUUUGGAUCAAGUCAAGACCUGGUUGAAACAUGUCACUGAGAACUUUGUCACUGUAUCAUUAGAAAGUGAUUCCCUAACUAAGGCAUCUAUCGCUGAAGUCGAAAACUACAUAAUUGCCAAUGUUGCAGCAAUCGAACAACAAAACGAAACUAAACAACUUGCAAAGGUUCCUCGUGAAGCUGUUCUGAACCCAAGAGAUUCUUUAACUUUGUUACGUUCCCAAAAAUUUAGCCUAGGUGACCGUGUUAUAUAUGUUCAAGAUUCUGGUAAGGUACCACUAUUUUCCAGGGGUACGGUUGUAGGUUAUACUACACUGGGUGCAAAUCUGUCAAUCCAAGUUCUGUUUGACCAUGAAAUUAUUGCGGGAAAUACAUUCGGUGGCAGAUUAAGAACCAAGAGAGGUAUCGGUUUAGACUCAUCGUUUCUGUUGAAUAUUACUGAGAGACAGUUUAUCUAUCACUCAAGAGCUUCUAAGAAGCACACAACUGCAACUCCUCGAAAGGAAAAAUUGAGUAAGGAAGAGAUUGUGAGGAGAAAACAGAUCCUACAUCAAAAGGUAGAGAGGGAAUCUGAAAAUCUGAGAAAGAAGGCUGCCCACGACCUAUUGAAUGUUAUUCAAAAAAAGGAGACCUCUGCAACUGAAGAGAAAAAGGUGGAUCAGGAGUCAGCUAGGGCCGAAGUCGAAAAGCUUGGAUCACUAGAGGAUAAAUCUAAGACGUUAAAGAAAACGGAGCAAACUGCUCCUCUUCCAAAUACACAAGUAGCCAACUCUGUGUUCUAUGCUGUGCUAAAUCAAUAUGAUCCAGCCACAGCACCUGCCCAAGCUAUUGCCCCACAAGUAAUGAGCCACCCUGCAUCUCACACUUUAGACCCUGCUGGAUUACCUUAUCAUAUAUCCAAUGGCGCUGCUCCCCCAUUAGGACCAAUUCAAGGAGUUCCUCCAAUCGGUACCCAUCCUGUGCCAAUGGGGUUCCCAAUGGGUAUGAACGGACCAAAUCCAAUGAAUAUGCCAAUGGGGGUUCCACCAAAUGGUAACUUCCCACCUCCACCGAUGGGAAAUAGAAACUUCAACGGUGGGUUACCAAAUGUUGGUGGGCAUAAACAAAAACAUGGUAAACCAACUAAACCACACUCUGAUGGAAAGUCAUCCAAGGACUCUGGAAAGUAUAAUGCUGGCAGUAAGAACAAGGACAAAGUAAAGCCAAAUGAUAGUCAUAAAAACAGGAACAAACAAUACAACAAUAAAGAUUCAUCCAAGACCCAUGACGAUUCCAAGAAACCAAUAAAACCCAUAAUCUUGAAGAGAAAACCCGAAAAUAAGGAAGAUUCAAAACUAGCCACCGAUUGA